AUGAUACUUUCUGUUUUGUCGAGCCCUGCUUUGGUAUCUGGUUUGAUGGUUGUAUGUGCUAAAAAUCCGGUACAUUCCGUUUUGUUUCCCAUCCUAGUCUUUUGUGACACUUCUGGUUUACUUAUUUUGUUAGGUCUCGACUUCUCCGCUAUGAUCUCCCCAGUAGUUCAUAUAGGAUCUAUUGCUGUUUCAUUCCUACUCGUCGUUAUGAUGUUCAAUAUUCAAAUAGCGGAGAUUCACGAAGAAGUAUUGCGCUAUUUACCAGUGAGUGGUAUUAUUGGACUGAUCUUUUGGUGGGAAAUGUUCUUCAUUUUAGAUAAUGAAACCAUUCCAUUACUACCAACCCACAGAAAUACGACCUCUCAGAGAUAUACGGAUUAUGCCGGAAAGGUACGAAGUUGGACUAAUUUGGAAACAUUGGGCAAUUUUCUUUAUACCUACUAUUCCGUCUGGUUUUUGGUUUCUAGUCUGAUUUUAUUAGUAGCUAUGAUUGGGGCUAUAGUACUUACUAUGCAUAGGACUAGAAAGGUGAAAAGACAGGAUGUACUCUAA